AUGGCGUCGGCCACCACCAGCAAGAAGAUGCGUGAGGAGGCCACCUGCUCCAUCUGCCUGCAGCUGAUGGCCGAGCCCGUGGUCAUCAGCUGCGGCCACAGCUACUGCCAGGCCUGCCUUCUGAGCUUCAUGGGCCCGGCCUCAUCCCCCCGGAGCCAGCAGGACCUGGAGACCUUCUCCUGCCCCCAGUGCCGGGCUCCCUUCCAGAGAGGCAGCCUGCGGCCCAGCAAGCAGCUGGGCAGCCUUAUUGCCGCCAUCAGGGAGCUGGAGCAGGAGCUGUUAUGCCAGGAGCACGGGGAGCGGCUGCACCUCUUCUGUGAGGACGAGGGCCAGCUCAUCUGCUGGCGCUGUGAGCGCGACCCGAGGCACAAGGGCCAUGCCACCUCGCUCGUGGAGCACGCGGGCCCCGGCUACAGGGAGAAGCUCCAGGAAGCGGUGAGGAAACUGAGGCAACUGGAAGAGGAAUGCGCCAGCCAGAAAGCAUUCACGGCCAAGCAGAUAGCCGAGUGGAAUGAGAAGAUAGAGGCUCGGAGACAGAAUAUCCAGGAGGACUUCCAGAACCUUCUCAGCUUCCUGAGGGAUGAGGAGAAGAGGUACCUGCAGAUACUAGAGAGUGAGAAAGAGCACACACUGCGGAGACUGAGCGAACGUGAGGCCAAACUGGGGCAGCAGAGCCGGGAGCUGGAGAGCCGCAUCCUGGAGCUGGAGGAGCGAUGUCAGGGUUCUACCAAGAAGAUGCUGCAGGACGUGAAGGGCGCCCUGAGCAGGAGCCAGGCUGUGCGGCUGGAGACCCCGGAGGCCCUCUCCUUGGAGGUUCAGACCGAGUGCGAGGUCACGGAGCUCUACUUUGACCCGAUGGAACAGUUGAGGAGCCUCCAAGUUGGCGUGACUCUGGAUCCAGAAACAGCGCAUCCAGAACUAAUUCUGUCCAAGGAUCAGAGACAAGUGACACGGGGGGGCUGCCCCCAGGGCGCAGGGGACCCCUCUCCCUGGAGAUUCACGGUCUUGCCCUGCAUCCUGGGCCGGCAGAGCUUCACAUGCUGGCGACAGUACUUUGAGGUGGACGUGGGCGAGGGCAUGGGCUGGGACGUGGGCGUGUGCCUGGAGAGCGUGCAGAGGUUCGUGGAGACUUUGCAGAAGCCCGAGGCCGGCUUCUGGGCCCUGCGGCUGUGCGCCAGGGACGGCUACCAGGCGCUGACCUGGCCGCGCACGCCUCUCGGCCUGGAGGAGCCGCCCCUGGUGGUGGGGGUUCUCGUGGACUGUGAGGUCGGGGUUGUGUCCUUCUACAACGCGACCUCGGGCUCCCACCUCUUCACCUUCCCCAGGUCCUCCUUCCCCGGCAUCCUGAGGCCCUAUUUCCAGGUUUCCCCGUAUUCCCCCCUGUUCCUGCCCAGCCCGGACAAGUGA